AUGCACAAGCCAUGCGAGGGAUACCACGUCUCGCUCACGCCGCUCACGCUCGAGGUACAGGUGUAUGAGGUCGAUGCUGGCAGAGGACGGCAGGUGGCUGCCGGCGAGCCGCAGACCGUCACUCUCUCGCCGCUCGCUACCGUACUCUCGGCCUGCAACGAGAUGGCUCUUGCGCUUGACGGGGCGGUAGAUGGACAGAACUCGUCGCCGCACUCGCCGUUCCAGGGCUGGGGCCUCUAUCGCCUCAUUCCGGACACCGACAGGGACAAGGACGCCGACGAGAGCUAUGGGCAUCUGGACUACGAGGCUACGCUCGCCGCCGCAGGCGUCACCACUCACACCUCGCUCGCCUUCCUCUGCCGACGAGUCGUUGUCCCGGUUCGCAUCGGGCCAAACGGCCCUCUGGUCUCGGUCCCCAUCGACGAGGCCUGGUCGGUCUAUGAGAUUGUGGACGAGAUCGCCGCCGCCCACGACUCGGUCCUGCACCCAGAGGAGUAUUCGUUUUGUAAGGCCGACGGCCACUGGCUUGUUGGCUCGCUCUCACUCCCAGCUCAGCGCGCCUGGUCGUCGCUUCAGACCUGGCCUGAUGCCCCGGCUGAGCUCGUCCUCACCCGCAAGCUCUACUUUAUCGAGGCCCAUGCUGAAGCACUCGCCAACCUCGGCCCCGACGCGCCCGACGCCACGCUCCACCUCCUAUACCGCGAAGCGUCGCAUCUAGUUACCUCGGGCGCCCUGCCGGUUACCGAGAAGGAGGCUAUCCUCCUCGCCGGUCUUGCGCUCCAGAUUGCGCACGGCCCGCGCGCCAACGCGCCACCCGAUGCGCUCCCCCAAGAGCCCAAAGAUCUUGCUUGCUUCCUCCCGCCUGAGCUGGCAGCAGAUGUAGGUGCCAAGCUUGCCCGCAAGAUUGCCCGCAAGCAUGCUACUUUUGCCACUACGCCGAGAGGGCUCGCUCUCUCCAAGUACAUCAAGCUUGUGCGGUCGAACCCCAAUUACGGCUGGACGUUCUGGCCCAUGAAAGAACGGGUCAAGGCUGGCCGCCGCUUCCGGCUUGUUCCGCGCCUGCUGGGCCUCUCAGGCUCGGGCCUUAAGAUUCUCAAUGCCAAGCGGUCGCGCGAGCUUGUGGUUGCCGCCUGGCUCGUCAUCGAGUCGGUGUCAGGCAGCGACGUCGGCCUCGGCCCCUCGGUCGUCUUCAACAUCAACAAUCCAAGCUACGCCGACGAGCCGCUGGUUAUUGUCGUCGAGUCGGAUGCUCAUGUCCGUGACAUCAUUGGUUUCUGCAACGACUAUGUCCAAUUGGCUACCCGGCGCUCGCUCGCGUCCGAGCUCGUCCUCACUUCGUGCGCCUCGCUGGCCUCACUCUCGCAGCCGUCGUGGGACGCGCUUGUCGAGCCAACCUCGCGCCGCGACGCCGACAGCGAGCGCUCCGAGCCAGACCUCGAGGCAAAUCAUGCACUGCCAACCCACUUUACGCUCAACAGGCUUCGUGGCCUGGACCAUGCCGGAUCGUCAAGCUCGGUCGCUCGGUCGAGCUCGCUCUCCUCGCUUCCAGCGUACGUUUCAGAGCAGUGGGACUCACUCCUCGUUGCACCGCAAGUCGAUGCGUACACCUCGACGACCUCGCUGUUUACCACGGAGUUUACCACUGGAUCAGAAGAGGAGGGCGUUCUCGGCCGCGCGCUGCAACUGCAGAACGCGGCGUCGGCCUCGACGUUCUUCACCAGUGGCAUGUACUUUCUACCGCUGCUCGACGACGCGCCGCCGACGAUGGAAAAGUUGCGGCUCUCGGCCAAGGCUUCACUUGCUGCUGCGCUCAAGCCGUUUUCCGAUCUCGCAGCUACUGGGAAGGCGGCUCUUGCGUCGGGUGUCAGCGAUGGCGACGAGCCAUCCCCCAGCCAUGCACUACUGGUCAUGGCAGCGUCAGGGGAGCUGGCACGUGAUGCGCUGGCUUCUCUUGCCCUUGCUCUGCUGGAGCUGGUCAUGGCGGCAGCUGGCGAUACGACCAACUUGCUUCUGCCCGAAGCAGCAGCUGCUUCUGCCGAGCUUGCCUUUGAUGCGUUGCACGAGCUUGUGGCGCGUCUGGCUGCUUUUGCAGGCGUGGCCCACCUUGUCCGGAGCCAGUUGCCCGAUGCUGACGGCGCGUACGCCGAGCUCUGGGUCCCGGCCUCGCAGGCAUCAGGUUGGCGAGUCCCGGGAGAGCUGAUGCAAGCAACCGAGCUGCUGGAAGCUGCAUCGGCCGCAGUAUGCAGCGUGGUUGCCGAUGCGAGGGCCGUCCUCAUUGCCGCCUCCCACGCCCUGCAUCACAUGGAAGAGCUGGCACCCGAGGCGCCCCCCUCGCGGGCCAACACGGCUGCCGGCGCCGUAGUUGCCGACGCCAUCGCCAUUCCGGAAGAGCAAACCUCUGCGCUAUUGACAAGCGGCAAGCGUGCUGGCAGCGCGAUCGCCAGGCUUGCCACUCUUCUUGGCGUUUCUCCGCUGGCCGCCGACCUUGUCGAUGAGCUCGAUACCCAGGCUCAGGCCUCGAGUGCUGCCGCGUUAGCGCUCACGAAUGCGACAGCGCACGACGCGUUUGCGACACUGGCUCGAACUCGGGCGUCAUCGCUGCGAGUCGAGCUCAAUGCUUUGCCCGACCUCACGCGCAUGCUGCAGCGUUCAGUCGGCAUUGUGUCUGCGGCCAUCAAGCUCGGCCCGGUCCACCAUGUUGUAGCCGCCAAGAUCAAGGUCGCAUCAGCGGUGGUCUCAUCAACUGUCCGGUCGCUCCCGCAUGAGCUGCCGGUGAAUGUCCCACCGCUACGAGAGGCGAUCAUCUCGUCGCUGUCGGCAUACCAAGCUGCAGUGGACGAUGUCCGGCCAAAGGUUCAGCCGCUGACCUUAACCGCCCGGGACGCGUGUCUGGCCCUCAUCAACGCAUCGGCUGCUGUGCUUGCCGAGCUGCCGCGGCUCGACGGCGACGCUGCCGCGCUGCGCAAGGCCUCGCUUGCGGUUGCAGGCGCCUUGGCGAGUGUCGGGCACUGUCUCCGCAACGCCAUCACUAUCCUGGACUCGAAUGGCUCUCAUCUCGUGUUGCUGAAGCAGCUCUCGGCGGUCUCACGACUGCUGGUCACCGCCAACGGGCUGGCGUCGCAGCCCGCACCACCAGCUGACCAGAUGAGCGAGGUACUUGUUCGUGCAAGUGCGCUGGGCCGCUGGCUGCACCUUGACUGCGACUAUGUGCUCGCUACCCACGAUCUGAAGGAGACACUGGCGGGUUCACUGGUCACCGCGGCGCGGCUGGUGGUGGCCGAGCAGGCCGAGUCAGACAUGCACAUGACGCUAGGGCGUGACGUCAGCGAGCUCCGGAGCGAUCUUGCGCGGCUGGCGCUAGCGCCAAGGUCGAUGCGCGCUGCGGACGCACUGUUCUCCAACGUUUCGCGGUAUGUGGCACAUGCUUCGGCUGUGGUGGCAGCGGCGGCUGGCGCCCCGACUGCCGAGCUGACUGCGUUCUCGGACUCGCUUGCCAGAUUGGCUGUUCUCCAGCAGGCCGCGGUCCAGCACUCGAUGGCAGCCAUGAUCGCCAUGUACAUCUCGGACAUUGAUGCUGCUCGCAACCGGGUUUGCGAUGCGCUGCCGUCUGAUGAAGCACUUGACGAGCCACAGACUGCAGGUGGAGAAGGCAGCCCGACGUCUGGUGAUAUGCCGGCAUUCUCCGACUCUUGCAGUUCGGACGCGUUCUUUGCGUCAGGCUCAGUGGCUGACUUGCUAGAGGCGCUGGCCGAAGCCGAGCCCGGCGUCGAUGUACACGACGAUGACGAGUUGCUGGGUAGCUCGACGGCUUCGCUGGGGGCCCAGGCCGACGCGCUCGUUGCCGACAUCGACUCGCUCCUCGACCAGCUGGGCGUGGAGUCAUUGGCUGAGGCCAUGGACGAUGACAGCGUUGCAAUCUCUGGCUCCGGCACGCGGGCAAGCGUGGCAGCGCUGGAGCGUGAGCUGGCGCAGAGCUCGUCGCUGGCCGAGGCCGUGGGGCACUACAACGCCACAGUGUCAUCUCUGGAGGCGUCAGGGGCGGCGGUGUACGCUGCGGCGCGGCAUGUGGCGUCUCUGCCAAACGCUCGUGCACGGGCGUCGUACGCGGCGCGGGCGGCAAUGGACAUCCACAGCGCUGUGGUCGACGCGCGCCUGUUGGUGGCAACGGUCAUGGCGAUGUGGCCCAAGAUCUACUCGCAGCAGGCGGUGGCGCGACUCAAGAAUGUGACGCUCAGGUUCCUGUCGGCGCUAGGUGCUCUCCUCGCUGUUGUGCGCGACCUUGUGUCUGCGGUGGACGGACACGUAGAGGAGAGGAUCGCCGAGUGCAAGGCGGCCAUGGCGACGCUCAAGACCGCUCCUCCCGGCCUUGGUAUGCUGAGCGUUCUGGCAGACGAGUUGUCGGAAGCGCUAGACGAGCUCCGCAACCCGGGUGUAGCGAGCAGCGACACCAGCGACGAUGGCGCUCGUUCGCUCGACGACAUUGUGGAUGUUGCCGAGCAAGCUGUCGACGCUGCACUGCGUGACGGACCGGGCUCGAUUCCGCGAGCCCAUGGAGGUGGGGGCGAACAGCUCGGAAAGACAACGGCCGAGCAAGGCUUUUCCGAACUCGAGGCGAUUCUUCGCAAGUGUGCCCGGCUGGUCACGGCCACGCUGGACGAGCUCGUCACUCGCCCGGAGACCUCACUCAACGACGUCGAGGCCGGGGCCCAGCUGGUGGCGCAAGUCAUGCGGGCGCUCACGACGUGUGUAGUUGGCCUGCGCGGCACGAUCCAGCUCGCGCAAGAGGCCCCGGCGCUACGGGCGUCGCUAGCGGCGCUGGUGAGCAAGGUUCGCACCAAGGUCGACGACGCGCGCGCGCACGUGCUUGCCGGUAAGGGUGGAUUGCCCGGCGAGAGUGUUCGCGAUAAUGCUGGGCCCUGGAUGGCAGCGUUUGACGAGUUCUUUGCUGCUUUUGACGCUGCAGUGCUGGCGGCGCAGGGCUCGUCAGGCCAGACCGGGCUUGAUGUCCAGCGCGCGGUCGAGACUGCAACUGCGGGUGCGGCGCGGUUGGAGAUGAGCGAGCUGGGCGAGACGGAGCGCGCGAGCGACAAGAGAGUGGCGAGCGAACUGCGCAGCGUGCUUGACUCCAGCGAGACGAUGCAGGCCACGCUGAACGGGAUGAUGCCAUUGGUGAGUUGGCAGGGCGAGGCGUCGGCGCGAUCGGGGACAUGGCCAGGCCUCGACGGCAAGGUUCCCGAGCUUGCUGUCCAGUCUGCGAUUGCGCUAGCGAAUUGGGUCGAGGGCACGGUGCGGUGUGUUGAAGUGCUUGGCGGAGUGCCUGCAGGCGUCGCGCCGACGCCGCCGAGCUCACCUGCGGGUGCGCAGGCACCGGCUCCUGCAGUGGUGCCAACUCGGCCCGUGUGGGAGGCGAUUAGCAGCGAGUUCAAGGCGGUGAUGGUGGCGCUGACGACACUCAAGGAGCUGGCGGACACGCCCGGGGCGGUGGCGCGGAAUGUGCGGGCGGGUUACACCCAGCUUGUGCUCGCAGUGCGAGACAUCUUGCUGGUGCUGAAGGAGGGCGUGGUGACCGACGUGGCCGAGCCGGGAUGGCUGGUGAAGAGUGAAGGCGAGGCCAAGAUGCUGCGCAAGGCUGGAUCUGCUCUCAAGACUGCAGCGAUGAAGGUUGUCAAACAUUGUGACACUCAGCUCAAGGCACUGCGACCGACCCAGCCAGUGGCUGGUGUUCUCAAAGCCAAGGCGUUCCGCAAGGCAUUCAAGGCGACGGUGAGCAAGCUGCUGGCAGUGAAGACGGCGGCCGAGGAGAUCGAGUGCGUGCCUGCCGUUUCACGCGGCCGGCUUGGCGGGCGGGGGCGGGCAGUGCCCGCCUUUACCAGCGUCACGCAGGUCGGCGAGCGGUUGCUGGCCAGCGGCGGGCAGGCAUCGUGGGUUCUUGACUUGUCCGGCGACGAAGUGGCCGCGCUGUGCGAGCUGGUGUGCGACGGGCGGGUGCUCGCCCGGUUGGGGCGUGGCGCGGCGCUUGCUGUUGUUGACGCGCUGGCUUCGCUGAAGACACUCGCGGAGCCGGUUGAUGCAGUUGUGUCUGUGGCGACUGCGUGCGCCGCUUUGGAGCAUGCAUGCGACAUGGUGGAUGCGGUACGCGGGAGCGUGGCCCUGCUGUCACCAACUACGGUGGGUGCGCUGGAGGUGCUGGUGCAGGCGCGGCAGCUGCUGCGUGCGAUAGAGGAUGCUACCAGCGCGAGCAAGACAAACGCAGGCGCGCAGUUGGACGCGAUGAUGUCGGCGGCUGCGGACGCGUUUCUUGCGGAGAUCGACCGGGUGGACGAUGCGCUGGGCGGCUACGCUGAGGUGGUGGCCAGCGGCUCGAUGGGCGUGAACUUUGUGGCUGCUCGCGCCGAAGUGUGCGAGGCGCUUGGCAGUGUCGCAGAUGUGCUGGGGAGCGGUGUGUGUGCGUCUCGUGCUCAGCUGCGAGCACUCUCGCGCGAACUGUCGACGCUUGUGCGGGACGGGGUUGUGCCGCUCGUCUCGUGCGUGCUCUCGUCGCCGCUGUGCGCGGACAAGGAGUGUGUGAGCAAGGCACAGGCUAAGAGCGGGGAAGCGAUUUGUCAAGUGCGCAAAGUGUUUGAAGCAGACGCGCUGGCGCUUCUGGACGCACAUGCGUGGCGGUCGUCGCUGAUUGCCACGAUGGGCAAGUAUGUGGGCGACGCAAGCGAGGUGGACAGCUCGGUGGUGCUCCCUGGACUGGGCUACUCGGACUAUGUGCGCAAGACCAAGAGCCACGUUGUGGAGAGUGUGCAGGCAGCACAGAGCCUCAUUGACGCUGCCAAGUGCGAGCAAGGCCGCCUUGGCGUUGCUGCGCGGACGCUUGUAGAGGCGACCGAGGGUGUUCUCAAGUGCGUGUGCGGCGCUCUGAGCCAGACGCCUGCAUCAGCCAGCGAUGUGCUGGAUGCGGUGCGAAAGGCGAGCAAGACACUGGCGUGGACGGUGGCGAGGCUUGUGGAGACUUGUGUCGACCUGGCGGAGGCGAGCAAGGCGGACAGGGCGAGCGAUGCCGGCCGAGCGGCGGUGAUCUCGACGUCGCAGCGACUGGUUGACGCCGUGUCCUCACUGAUGUGUGAGCUGAAGGCCGGUGCUGUCGACGCGCAGCGGCAGCGCGCGGCGCUGGACGCAAGCGCGGCGCUCGGGUCGCAGCUGAAGCAGACGCGGCUGGUGCUGCAGUCCCGAAGCAGCGGAAGCGCGAGCGCUGGAGCGAGCGAAGCACUUGGUGCCGCGGCGGAGGAUGCGCUGAUGAUAUUUCUGGAGGAGGGCGUUGUUGAGACGCUCGGGCGGGCCGAGACUGAGGCCAGUGUGGCAGACGCUCUCGAGAACGCGGCCAAGCAGCUGGCGACCGCCGUGGCGCAGCUGGUGGAGCUGGCGAAUGCUGUCGAGACGGAUGUCGGGAGUGGGGUGUGCAAGGCUGGCGUCGAGGUUGUGACGGCGUUUUGCGCGGCCGGCGCGGACGCAGCAGCGCAUUGCGGGGCGCGGCAGAGCAGCAAGCGCGAUGCCAAACUUGUCAGUGCCGUGUCGUCGCGUGUUAUGGCGCUUGUGCGGGCGGUGCGGGCGGCGUCAGAGGCGGCGUCGCGGAUGAGUAGCGAGGUGACGGCGCUGGCGGCACGCGUGAGCAGCGACGUGGAGGCGCUUGCCGAGCUUGCGGCGCUCGACGAUGACGGCGAUGAGUGGUGCGAUGCAGCGGCGCGCGAGCAGGGCGCGGCGCGGGUCGGCGCGGCACUGCGCGGCUUGCUCGAUGCGAUCGGGCAGGUGUGGCUGGGCGGGGCGAGCCGAUCCAGGGCAAGCGUGCUUGCGGCCGGGCACCAUGUGGCGUCGCGAGUGGAGGGUGUGGUGUCGGCGAUGCGGGCAAGUGCGGCGGCGCUUGGGCGGGACUGGGUCCUUCUCUCGGGCGAGGUGUGGCAAGCUGCUGAGGAGGCACACGAGGUAGUUGAGCGGCUGCUGGAGUCUGAGGUGGCGGCGAGCGCAGCCGAGACGGCAUGGGCUGCGGUUGUGAGCGCGAUGAUCGUGGCGGCGAGCGCGAGCAGACUCGACGGCCCGGGCGACGCGAGCAUGGCGGCAGUGAGUGUGAUGGAGGCAUGCGCCGAGAACGUGGCCGGCGUUAGUGGCGACAGCGAGAUGAGCAAUCUGGCCCAUGGUGCGGUGGGCGCGGUCGUGAUGCUGACCAAGGUGGCGCUGCUGGGUCUUGCCGAGGCCGAGGGCCUGGGCUUUGCCGACGGUGCCACGCGCGAGGAGCUGGCCGGUUGCGUGCGGGGCGUGGCGAGCGCGCUCGAGUCGCUCGCGUUUGUGGCGGUGGCCAGCGGCGAGACCGAGGAGGCCGGGCAGGCGUACAGCGAAGCGGUCAACAGAGUGUCUGCCGCGGUGGUCAAGCUCAUUUCGGCCAACAACGAGCUUGUUGCGCGCGGCGGGGCGUGCGCAAGGCGAUGA